CACAAACAUUCACAGGCACACACACACACACACACACACACGCGCGGUCACACACGUUCCUGCUCUGAGGAACGGCAGUGCCGUGCGCCCAGAGGCCAGGAGAAGUUCCUCUUCGGAGAGCAAGGAAGAAGAAGAAGAAGAAGAAGACAGGCGAGGAGUGGAAGGCUCUUUCUUCUCAAACGUAAAGGGCAGAGAGAGGAGCUAGGAGCCAUGGCUGGCCACCUCACCGCCCUCAGGAGCUUCGUCCUGCUGCAAGCACUGUGUCUGGCCCUGGGGCAAGUGAGCGGUCCUCCAGGAUCACAGGGACCUCCAGGGCCACCAGGCCCCUCUGGAACCCCCGGAGCUGACGGAAUCGAUGGUGAUAAAGGACCCCCUGGCCCUCCUGGAGCACCUGGCCAGAAGGGUGAGCCUGGGGAGCCCGGCCCAGAUGGCACUCCAGGGGAGAACGGCAUUGAUGUGAGUCUAGUACACAACACUACACUAAAGCUCCAGCAUUGAUGUGAGUCUAGUACA